CGAUUCUUCCUCCCGAAAUCCCCCUCCAAGCCGCCGGCACCAGCUUUGAAAAAUUGGUGAGAAAGCUUGGAAUUUCUCCUUCUUUCUUGUCCAAGAACCUGACUUGGAACCCAGAAAUCUUUCCCCUUUGCUGGAAAUUCCAGAUCUGCUUUGCUCUGCUCUGUUCGGUUGCUGCUCUUGCCGGUUGUGGGUGCAAAAUUCUGGGCUUUUUCGAUUUUUGGGUAAACCCGUGAGCUUCCCCUACACUGGCCGCCGGCUUCUCCCCCUGCCAAGUCCGGUUCUGCAACUGGAAAAUUUAUGACCAUGAUUUAGCUUGAUUCAAGUGGAAUUUAUAUGAUUGAGUGUUAAUGGACUGCUAUGUGAUUUUGGAGAAAAUCCCGUGGGAUUAGCUAGUGUUUUGGCCAAUUGGUGGGAGUGGAGUUACUGUUCACGUCGGGGUCACUGUUCACGGUUACUGUUCACACCCCGAGGGCCAACAAUUAACGGGGAUUUAAAUGAUUAGUUUGUGAUAUGAGAACGAUUUUGGGGAUAUUUGAUCAUGUGGAGAUUUAUGGAAAUAGCAUUGUGAUUAGGAAUGAUCCUAAUGAUGAUUUCAGCUUGAAUUUGUGAUAGUCCGGUAUUGAUUCUCGGAUGUCUUGAUUAGGUUUCCGAUCGUUCUGUCAGUUAGUGCGUGAAUUGAGUGCUCGGUUUUAUGCGAGUGAGGUAAGUAAAUUAUGGUAACGCCCUUUGAUUUUUAAAAGCAUGUUUUGAUUUGUUUUUGAAAUGGUGGCGAGACUAAACUCGUUUUAUGCAAAAGUAAGUAUGAUUGAUUUAAAGUGAAAUUUCUAUGCUUUUCGUUAAAUUGAGCAUGCCUACUUGAGAUUUAAUUGAUUGUCCUGAUGAUUUGAAAGUGAUUGAUGAAUUAUGUUCUUCAGUUAAAUUCAGCCUGUUUUGUCUCCGAUAUGGUCAUGUUAUCCUGUUGCCCGCUAGUGGGAGUGUUAAACGCUAGCACAUGUCGACAUGCAUUUCUGUAGAACCGGUUCGUUUCUGUUAUCCUGCUAGUGGGAGUUAAACACUAGCAAUUCCUGUUGCCUGCUAGUGGGAGUGUUAAACACUGGCCGUGACCUAUGGAGGAGACGUUUAUUUCGUGCCUGUACUGUAUCUGUUUUCGUGAUUGUACUUGUUGGCAUGCUUUAAGUUUGAUAAGGGGCACUCCAUAUUUACUUACUGAGUUUAUCUCAUAAUUUUUCCUUGUCCACCAUUUCAGGAAGUGAAACCGAGGACGGGGAAACCACGGGAAGUGACGAGUUAGAAAGCUAGCCAUUUCGAGUUUGAUAUAGAUUGUAGAUAGAAAUCAUGAUCUUGUAAACUCGAGUGUAUUGGAGAUUUUAUGAUGUUAGAGAAAGUUUUAAAGAUUUGAUCUUCAGAUUUUGGUGGUAUCAGAUUGUGAUAUGAAAGUUCCGAGCCUUGUGCACUUGUGGGACUUGUCUCACGAGUGUACGACGUCUGUCGCACCUUGAAUUUGGGUUUUGGGGCGUGACACUCUUUAUACUAAUUUGAAAUUUAAAGAAACAUUUCUUGUCAUU